CAUACUUGUUGCAUAAUCAUAUUACAAAAAUGACUUUUAAGAUUUUCAUCUUCGUACAGUGCCUCCUGCUCUAUGCAUAUUGCUCGAUAGCGUUGCUUGUAUACAAUGACCAAAUAACCCCUCUAUGUUUGUAAGAAGUAUUGGAAAUUAUGUAUAUUCUUGUGUUUAGGAAUAUGUAUUUGUACAAGGGCAUUUUUGUAAAGUUGUUGCCUUAAUGUAACACCACUUAGUUGAAUAUGAGUAUCCAUUGUCCUGAAUAUGCCUCUAUUGCCUAGUUCUUUUCAUGCCAAAAGUCUAGCAUGCUGCCCUCCUUGUCUUUUCUCAGCAUAAGAAAAAUUAACAUGGUAUCAGAGGAGGUUUGCAUAGCCUCUUAGCAUGAUCAACUCUAAUCAAGGUAACCUAUAUUCCCUUCUUCUCAAAGAUCCAUAAUCUCUUCAUCUUCUAAACCUUAAUCGUUCUUUCUUCAAUCUUUACCCUCUUUCAUCAUUCUUAUUCUUCUUUCCUAAUCUGUCUCUCAUAUUUCCUCUGUAUUAAGCACGCCUAUUGUUCGUGCUACUGUUCACUAUACUGUUCAUGUCACUGUUCACAACACUGUUCAUGCUACGGUUCUUGAUCUAUUUCUUGUUCUCCAAUCCAACCCCUUUCUAUACACUCUUUUAGUCUAUCUCUAGAUCUUUUGUCCUCUAUAGACCUCCAUUUAUUCUCCCUUUUUUCUAGAUUUCGUACGAUUAUUAUUCAUGCCCAUUUUCCUCACCAUGGCACGAUCAUCAAGGUCUAAUUCCUUCUCAUUCCCAAAUCCUCAAUGUCUCUAUCAAACUCAAAUUAGAUAAUUUUAUUGUCUAGAAAGGGGUUUUGUUCCCUUCAUCAGAGGCCAAGUCUCUAGGGUUAUUUGGAUGGAUCCACUAGGCUACCACCAGAAUAUAUUAUUCAAGAAAGCACAAAUUCAGAUGAAAAAAGAGAUCACUGUAGUGGCCAAUCCUGCCUAUGAAGAAUGGCUUGCUAAAGAUUUAAAUCUUAUUGGCUGGAUUAAUUCAACCUUGUCUGAAGAAAUCUUGUCCCAAGUGGUGAAUCUCCCUACAUCAUAUGAUCUUUGGACAGCCUUCAGAGUCCUACUCUCAGGAAUCGGAGGACAGCCUUCAGAGUCCUACUCUCGGGAAUUGGAGGCUCGUGUUAUGCAGUUAAAAUCUAAACUUCAAGAUUGUAAGAAGGGGAAGAUGUUGGUGUCUGAACUUUAUGACAAGAUAAAGGCAAUAUGCGCUCAGCUUGUAAUUAUUCAGCAACCAGUUGAAGAUAAAGACAAGGUGCAAACAUGUACUACAAGGGUUGGGUGAAGACUUUAGAGCUUUUGUUACUUCUUUGAUGGCAAGGGAUUAUCUCCCUUCCUAUGUCAGCCUUUGAUCCAUAUUGCUACAACAUUAGGCAUUGUUCUUUUGGAAAGAGGACCAAAACUCGUGUCCCAGUAAUGUGAACCACAAUGUCCUUGUUACUAACAAGAGUAGUACUCCACAGAAUUUCUUUAAUACUCCUGGAAAUAACAGAAGUAGCGGGGGUGGAGGUGGCAAAAAUGGGUGUGGUAUCGGAAAAUUCUCAAGUGCUGGUCGAGGUCUCUUGCUUACUCUUAAUGGAAAUAGAAAUAGAGUCAUCUGUCAAUAUGUGGAAGAGGAGAACAUUCAACCUGUAAUUGUUACGAUAGAUAAAAGAAUGACAAUGAAAUUACUCAAGGGGGGAAAUCAAAUUAAUGCCUUGGCCAACACUGAGGGUAAAGCUGCAACAUUCAAUAAUUAUAUGAAACAUUUUGCCAUUACUUCUCCUAUUGUGGGAGCAUGGAUUGUGGAUAGUACGUUGCCAACCAUGUAUCAAGAGAUUCUGGUGUGUUUUCUUUCCUUGAUCCUUUUACUGCUAGUGGUUCUAUUAUGAUUGGUGAUGGGUUCUCCCUCAACAUCACACAGGUAGGUAAUAUUACAGUUGAGCUUUUUUUGGUCUUAUUCACUUAAAUCAUGUCUUUCUUGUUCCCAAUCUUAGACAUAAUCUGAAUUUUGUUUCCCAACUAAUGCAUGAUAAUGGGAUUUACUAUUUAUUUACUCCUGACUAUGUUUUCUUGAAGGAACAACAAUCGAGAAUCAUGUUUGCUAGGGAAACUUGUUGGGGCCAGUUAUCCGUGAUAGAUUGCCUUGCAAAGAAGCAUCAGAUACUGGUCUUGAGUCUAAAUGUUAAUAAAGAUGCCGCUUUGCAUCAUCAUCUGGCCUAUUGUAGUAAGGAGUCAUCUAAUAAACUUCGUAAUGAGGGUGUUGUGCCCUCAAAUGGAACGGUUAAGGGCCGAGAUGGAGAUGGAAAUAAAUAAAGUUGGGCGUGUUUCUCUGAUUGAUCUUACUGACAUGAUUGAUGUGGAUUUGUACCAUAUUGAAUUGCAAGCUCAGUACAUUGUUGGCAACAACCCAGGACUCAUGCUUGUACAAGGUGAGAUAAUAGCCCAGUCUUAUUGGGAUACUGUAGCCGAAGAAAUAAAUGAGAGGCUUCAGGAGUGCAGCCAGAUUGCAUUAGCAGAGCUUGCUACCCAAUUGCAAGUUGGCUCAGAGUUGCUAUCCAGCAUAUUGGAGCCCCGCCUUGGAACCCUUGUAAUGGGAAGAUUGGAAGGUGGACAAAUUUAUACUCCAUUAUACAUUGCACGGGUUACUGCCAUGGUUCGUGGGGCAGCAAGAGGGGUCACAGUUCCCACAAAUCUAUCAGCAGUUUGGAGCCGAUUGCAUCAAUUAUUGCAAGUAACUGAUGGAGCUACUGGUGUCUUUGUUGAAGGUUCUUUUUUCCAGUCUUUAUUUAAUGGGUUGGUGAAGGAUGGAGAAAUCCUGGGAUCACUUCGUGCGGGAGUAAACUGGACGCCGGCUCUAUUUGCUCUGGCGCAAAGUGAAAGUGUAGAGUCUUUCUUUUCACAGAACUCUUUUAUCAACUAUGAUGUUCUCCACAAACUUUCAAUCCCGCAUCCUAGACAAUACUUGCAGGUCCGAUAUCCAGAAGGCAUACUACUAGAAACUGUGUUCAUUCACUCUUCAAUGAUUGAGAUGUUGAAUGUUUCGACUGAAGAUGCCAUUGAACAUGAUAGCUGGGUUGAUUCUGUUUCUGUUCUACCUAGUUCGUUUGGGAUACAGGAUGCUGCUCAGCUUUUGUUACUCAGUCCUUUUGUUCAGAGUGCAGUAAAGUGUGGCAAGGCAAUUGUUGUGGGUGAGACAUGCAUUUCAAGUACUAAGUUCAUUUCAGAUGUCUUUGCACUAAUGGUAAAGGAGACAGAGAACUUCAUUCAAGCAAGACUUGUUUCUCGUAUCCAGCCACAAACAGUGAAUGAAGCCUCAUCUAGACGUGAUUCAUCCCAGAGGUUGAAGUUUCCGGAGACCAGCUGUGAUAUGGAUCUUAGUAAACAAGCAGAAAAGGAAUCCAAAAAAAGAAGAGGAAAGCAAUUGGGUCCUGUCAAAACUGCAGCAGUAGAAAAUUUCCCUCAAAACCAAGAUAACUCAUCUACAAAAACUAAAAAGAAGAACAAAGAUAAUCAUUCAUUUCAAGUAUCUGGUGCAAGGAAAGAUGAUAAAAUAAAAGAAUCUGAACUGGACAUAAUCUCUGAAGAUUGGAUUGCUGAGAGAAUUUUGCAGUGUUCCUCCCAGAUCAAAGCACUUGAAGGUCUGGAUGAUGAAUAUGCAUUUAUAAGAUCUUUAGCAAUUUACCUAAGGCCGUUGCUAGUUACUUCUUGGAGGCAAAAAAGACACACUUCCAUCAUGGUGAAUGCUGAGAGCAGGAGACGCCUGCUUGAUAGUUUACAAAGAAAGCUUGAUGAGGCAUACUUAGAUUUUCAGCUUUAUGAGAAAGGAUUAGAACUGUUUGAAGAUGAUCAUACAACUUCAGUUGUAUUGCACAAGCAUCUGCUCCGGACUACAGCUACGCCCAUUAUGGACAUGCUUCUGCAUGAUCUUGAUCUGCAUAACAAAAUGUCAAUUGGUGGUGAGGUUGAAGAACAUCCCAAGCCAGAGAGUACCAUGAUGAGUUCUGAAGAGAGGAUUUCCCUUGCAAAAAGUUUGCCUGGCUCUCUCUCAACCAAGGUUCUCCAAGCACUCGAAGCAUUGGAAGGGAAGCAAGUCAACCCUUUGGUUAUAGCACUCAAAGCCAUGACAGAAGAGUGCGGAUUAUUGCUCAAGAAGCUCGACAAGAAAUUGGAGAGAACACUACUUCACUCGUAUCGUAAGGAUUUGACUUCUCUAGUUGACAAUGAAACUGAUCCUGUGGCCCUUUUACCUAAGGUUGUUUCUCUACUUCAUCUACAGGUACACAAUAAAAUUAUACAAGCUCCCGGAAGGGCCAUUUCUGCUGCUAUUUUUCGUUUGAAGGAUAAGCUUGAAGAAUCGGCAUAUAAUGUGUUGAUGGAUUACCAUGCUAAGACUGUUUCACACCUUUCCCUACUAUCAGCUGCAAAUGGCGAUGAGGAAGACUCUACGUACGACAGCAAUUUGAGCAAAAGAAAAUUAGAGACCUUGAUGCCCAACUUGAAAGCACUUGUAUCCCAAGCCCACUCGUGAAAUUUUGGUGUAAAGUUUUAUUCCUACAAAGUGAGAUUUCAUGUUCUUCCAUCAUAACAGUUUACGUUCAGGCAGAUGCAAACUGCAAAUCUCAAGUAUUCUAUACAGCCAGUUUUCCAUGAAUGAACCCAUCAUCCCAAGCGGCAUUUUUGUUAGGAUAGUAGACUGUCUAUUGAUUCAUCAGAGAUUUAGGACUAACCAUCAUCCAUUUUGGGAUUUUGGGGCCAUGAAGACAUUGCUUGCUUCAAAUUAGGGCAUUACAUAAUAGUUGCGAGAUUGCCAGCAUGGUAUUAAAUAUAAAACUUUGGAAAAUUGUCUACUUUUAUUUUUAUUUAUUUCAUUUUUUAAUGUUAACUUGGAACUUGGUAGGAAUGAAACUUUAGAUAUCAUGUUGUGGCGCUAGCCACGCCAACCAAAA